AAAGCUUGCAAACAUUCUAACAAUGUCGCCUCCUGAUGAUAUCGUGCCCAUGUGGUUCCAAUGUGACUAUCCAGAUUGCAACGCAAAAUAUCGGCGUAAAGAGCACCUUAAUCGACACCUUAAUCAUCAUAAUGGGGAAACAAAUCUUGCCUGUCCUUAUUGUGAGAGCGUCCUGACCAGGAAUGAUCUGUUGCGACGCCAUAUCCGGACUUAUCACCCGCAGAGACAAGCACCACCGUCUCGAAAGUUUAGGGCAUGCAGUGCAUGUCAUGCACGGAAAGUCCGCUGCGAAGGUGUAUUACCAUGCAAUGCCUGUCAACAUCGAGGCGUCAUCUGCGUACCUGCUGGGGGUGAAACCACAAGCGAACAACAAUUUUGGAUCGAUGAUCUCUACCAUUUGCCACCAGUUUCCACAAUCGGUGGUUCCGUUCCUGACGCUUCCCGGUGGAUUGCUCAUGACUAUAUUGAUAUUUACUUUGAUGCUUUCCAUUCAGCGUGGCCAUUUCUCCAUCGAAGCACAUUUGACUUCACUAAAGAGCCUUGUGUACUUGUUCAAUCCGUUGUCGCAAUUGGACUGUGGGUAAAAGGUACUCAGGAGUCGCGAGAAGCGUCAAUACGUCUACAUGGUAGGCUGUGCUCUGCAUUUUACGCUCAAAUGGACCAAUGGUGCAUCUCAGACUUGAGUCCACGUCACAACACAAAUACCUCGUGGCCUAUAGCAACAUUUCAGAGUGUGCUCUUGAAUAUUAUCCUUGCCCUUUUCAUUGCAAGAGAAGAUGGUAGUAUGGAUUUGAGUAUGCGAUGCCGAUUGCCGGACGACAGAUACGAGCUCCUGACUGCGCUUGUUCAAAGCUGUCGACGGUGGGGUAUAUUCUCUUAUCCUAACAUGCUUCUGCAACACGAAGACAAUGCACCACUCGCACUGGUAUACAUAAGCGUUGAAGAGAUCAAGAGAUUCGGACUAGCCCUCUAUAAGGUGUCCCGAUUAUCCACGCCCUUUGACUUGACCGGAGAAAGUGCCAAUGAUGGCAGAAAAGAUCUUUUGAACCUGGCCGAUUUGUCUUUCUGCAUGCCGGACAGUGAUGACCUAUGGAAUGCUCCAUUGGGUGCGGAGUCCGCGGUGUUAAACAGAUGUGAUUCAUUAGCAGUCGCACGGGAUAAUGGAGACGCGAAAAAUUGGAUAUCUCAAGCAUCGGCUCUUCUACAUGACGCACGAGUCGGCUUUGAUUGGAUAUAG